GCUGUCACCGUGCGGCUCUCUCCAGCCCCCUCAGCUCACGAGCAGGGACACCUUGCACCGUCUGUGGGGCGCAGGGGGGAGGGGGGAAAAAAACAACCCAAAAACCCGCGGGGGCAUUCAAUAGCACGAAGCUGGAAUGUCCCUCCAAGACCCGGCUCUGGGACGCAGCACCGUGCACGGAGGCGCCUUCAUCUGCGGCUGGUGACCCAUGUCUUCUCCUCCGGCUCCUCUGGAUGUCCGCCCCCGUCACCGCGGAUCGCCGUGAUUGAUGCUCUGUGUCCGGCUUGAGCUCCAGCAGUAUUCCCGAUCGGUGUGUGUGUGUCCGCCGCUCCUCCGCCAACAUGUCCGCUCCUCUCGGGCCCAGGGGCGGCCCUCUGCCUCCCGCACAGCCGCUGGUGCCGGAUCUCAGCCACCUGACCGAGGACGAGAGGAAGACCAUCCUGGCCGUCAUGGACCGGCAGAAGAAGGAAGAGGAGAAGGAGCAGUCAGUCCUCAAGGUGAAAGAAGAACAAAAACCUCAACUAUCACAGUGGUUUCCCUUUAGUGGGAUCACUGAACUGGUUAAUAACGUUCUACUGCCACAACCAAAGCAGCAAAAUGAGAAGGAGCCUGAGAAGAAAUUGCACCAGCAGUUUGAAGUAUACAAAGAGCAAGUGAAAAAGAUGGGUGAAGAAGCUCAGCAGCAGCAAGAGCAGAAGGCUGAUGCCCCCACUUGCGGGAUCUGCCACAAAACUAAAUUUGCAGAUGGCUGCGGCCAUAACUGUUCAUAUUGCCAAACUAAAUUCUGCGCACGUUGCGGAGGUAGAGUGUCAUUGCGCUCAAGCAAGGAGGAUAAAGUGGUAAUGUGGGUAUGUAAUUUGUGCCGAAAACAACAAGAAAUCCUCACCAAGUCCGGAGCCUGGUUCUACAACAGCGGGUCAACCACAGCACAGAAGGACGGAGAAGAGGCUCAAGCAGGGCUCCAGAACGAAGAAGCACCUCAGGAGAAGAAGGCUAAACUACAAGAGCAAUCCCAAUACCAGGGACCCUCAGGGGACUUAAUUACACCAGCCUCAGAGAAGAGCCGAUCACAGGGGAUCGUAAGGCAGGACUCCAUUAAGAAUGGAUCUGGAGUGAAGCACUCGGCUGCAGGUGAUCUCCCGUCAGACAGGAAAAGAAGCCCGUCAUCAUCCAGAGACCAGAAUCGCCGAUACGACGACGAUAUAGGGGAACAUUCACAGUAUGUUACAACAGAUAGCGCAAUGCCUAGGUCACCUUCAGAUUAUUCUGAGAGGCGAUCUCCACGUGGGCCUCAGCUCUAUGAAGAGCCUGAACAUAGCGACUACAGGAGAAGUCGGCGACGAUCCAAUGAGUAUUCAGUAGAUGAAGAGGACAUUCAGGACAGGGAUGAAUAUGAAAGACAAAGACGAGAGGAGGAGUAUCAAGCCAGGUAUAGAAGCGAUCCUAAUUUGGCAAGGUAUCCAGUUAAACCCCAACCUUAUGAGGAGCAGAUGCGCAUCCAUGCAGAGGUGUCGCGGGCUCGUCAUGAGAGAAGACAUAGUGAUGUAUCUUUAGCUAAUACAGAGUUAGAGGAAUCUCGGAUGUCUAUGUUGAGGCUGGAUCGACCGUCUAGACAAAGGUCUGCAUCUGAGCGCAGAGCGGCCAUGGAGAGCCAACGCUCUUACUCUAUAGAAAGAACUAGAGAUGUACAGGGACCAAGUCCUGGUCGGCAAAGGAACUCAAAUCAUAGUCCCCCAACACCUAGAAGGAGCCCCAUUCCUAACGAUAGGCCAGAGUUAAGACGCACAGAUUCCUUGCGAAAGCAACAUCACUUGGACCCAAGUUCUGCCGUGAGGAAAACCAAAAGGGAAAAAAUGGAAACCAUGCUAAGGAACGAUUCGCUCAGUUCAGACCAGUCUGAAUCGGUCCGGCCGCCACCACCUAAGCCUCAUAAAACAAAAAAGGGAGGUAAAACGCGCCAGAUUUCAUUGAGUAGCUCAGAGGAAGAGUUGGCCUCUACUCCUGAAUACACGAGUUGUGACGAUGUGGAGAUUGAAAGUGAAAGUGUGAGUGAAAAAGGGGACAGUCAAAGGGGAAAAAGAAAAACUAGUGAGCAGGCAGUUUUGUCGGAUUCUAACACCUUGUCUGAAAGACAAAAGAAAAUGGUGUGCUUUGGAGCCCACUCAUUGGAAGAGGAUUUGGAAUGGUCAGAGCCUCAGAUAAAAGACUCUGGGGUAGAUACGUGUAGUAGCACCACCCUUAACGAGGAGCAUAGCCAUAGUGAGAAGCACCCGGUGACGUGGCAAGCGUCCAAAGAUGGCGACCGGUUAAUUGGCCGCAUCUUGUUAAACAAGCGGUUAAAGGACGGGAGCGUUCCUCGAGAUUCUGGAGCGAUGCUUGGACUGAAGGUUGUAGGAGGCAAAAUGUCAGAGUCUGGUCAUCUCUGCGCCUAUAUCACCAAAGUGAAGAAAGGGAGCCUGGCGGACACCGUUGGAAGACUACGACCAGGUGAUGAAGUUUUAGAAUGGAAUGGGCGGAUUUUACAAGGCGCCACAUUCGAAGAAGUUUACAAUAUAAUUCUGGAGUCCAAACCUGAGGCACAAGUAGAAUUAGUGGUCUCCAGACCAAUAGGAGAUAUCCCCAGGAUACCUGAUAGCACACAUGCCCCACAGGAUUCCAGUUCUAGUUCCUUUGAGUCCCAGAAAAUGGAUCGUCCCUCCAUAUCCGUUACGUCCCCCAUGAGCCCUGGAAUGUUGCGUGAUGUUCCCCAGUUCCUGUCUGGACAACUCUCAAGCCAAAGCCUUAAUAGAAGAACAGCGCCUUUUGUUCCUAGGGUCCAGAUAAAACUCUGGUAUGACAAAGUUGGUCAUCAAUUGAUUGUCACUAUAUUAGGAGCUAAGGACCUGCCAUCGAGGGAAGAUGGGAGACCGAGAAACCCUUAUGUUAAAAUUUAUUUUCUUCCUGAUCGAAGUGAUAAGAACAAAAGGAGAACAAAGACUGUGAAGAAAACAUUAGAACCCAAAUGGAACCAAACGUUCAUGUACUCUCCAGUUCCUCGAAGAGAGUUUAGAGAACGAAUGUUGGAGAUCACACUUUGGGAUCAAGCCAGAGUUCGAGAGGAAGAAAGUGAAUUCUUAGGAGAGAUUCUAAUUGAAUUAGAAACUGCACUUUUAGAUGAUGAGCCACAUUGGUACAAGCUUCAGACGCAUGAUGUGUCCUCAUUGCCACUACCCCACCCGUCCCCAUUUAUGCAACGGAGGCAGAUGCACGGGGAGAGCCCAACUAGAAGAUUGCAAAAUAGAGGCCCAUAUUCAUAUAAUUCAGGAUCCAAAAGGAUAAGUGACAGUGAAGUGUCUGACUAUGACUGCGAUGAUGGAGUCGGGGUUGUAUCAGAUUUUCGGCACAAUGGUCGUGAUAUGCAGAGUUCAACAUUAUCCGUACCAGAACAGGUCAUGUCAUCAAAUCACUGUUCCCGCUCAGGAUCCCUCCAUGUAGAUAGUAUAGGUCGGACUAGAUCCUGGUCUCCUAGUGUUCCGCCUCCUCAAAGUAGGAGUUUGGAACAGGGACCAAGAGCGACAAGAUCUGGCCCUGCACAUUACAAUUCAAUGGGCAGAGUGGAAAGACAUCGUGUAUUAGAUAACCACUACUCCCCAGACAGAGAAAGGAAUUGUGAAGCGGCAGAUAGACACCCAUAUCAAAGAUCCAGGUCCACAGAACAACGGCCUGUACUUGAGCGGACCAACUGCCGCUCCCGAUCCACUGAACGCCCUGACUCAAACCUCAUGAGGUCGAUGCCUUCAUUAAUGACGGGAAGAUCAGCCCCUCCUUCACCUGCCUUAUCGAGGGCACAUCCGCGCACUGGCUCUGUUCAGACCAGCCCUUCGAGCACCCCAUUAGCAGGACGUAGAGGCCGCCAGCUACCACAGCUUCCGCCAAAGGGUUCGCUGGACAGAAAAGACAGGACGGCAGAACAAGAGAAUGGGGAUCCAGGUUCAAUGGAUGUAGAGGAGAGAAAUCGACAGAUGAAAAUGAAGAUGAACAAGUUCAAGCAGGUGGCGGGGUCAGACUCCAGGCUGGAGAAAGAUUAUCAUUCCAAGUAUCGGUCAGGCCGGGAUCCACAGAGAGGUUCGGACAAUGUCUCCAACAAGUCGUCAGACAGCGAUGUGAGUGACGUGUCUGCUGUGUCCAGGACAAGCAGUGCCUCCCGAUUUAGCAGUACCAGCUACAUGUCUGUGCAAUCGGAAAGGCCGCGAGGGAACACCAAAAUAAGAAGAUUGAAAGAAAUAGGGGACAGGAGCGAUAGGAGAGAGGGAGGACAGGAUGGGGAGAACCACAUGGGCUUCCCUGAGGAGGAUGAGGAGGACAUCAGGGAGGAAAGGGAUAGUGAGAAAGUAGUGGAGGAGGCUCAAAGAGCCAGAGACAACUCACUCAAGAGAGGAAGUAAGGGCUCGAUUGAGGAGGAGAUCCUGCAUGCUGAGAAAGAUGGAGAAAUGCAUGAACCUGAAGAAAAUCACGAAGAGGUUCUGCCAAGGAGGUUGUCAGAGAAUGACAUCAGUGUUUUUACAUCCAAAAUGCAAAGCAGACAGAUGGGCGCCUCGGGGAAGAACAUGACUAAAAGUACCAGCAUCGGAGGGGACAUGUAUACCUUGGAGAAGAAUGACGGCAGCCAGUCCGACACAGCAGUGGGCACAGUGGGUACUGGCAAUAAGAAGAGAAGAUCCAGCAUCGGCGCCAAAAUGGUGGCUAUUGUUGGCCUCUCACGGAAAAGCCGAAGUACCUCACAGCUCAGCCAAACAGAAGUCGGAGGCAAGAAGUUGAAAAGCACGAUCCAGAGGAGUACGGAGACGGGCCUGGCAGUGGAGAUGAGAAACUGGAUGACCAGACAAGCAAGCCGAGAGUCUAAUGAUGGAAGUAUGAACAGCUACAGCUCGGAGGGGAACCUAAUAUUCCCUGGAGUCCGGUUGGGGUCUGACAGUCAAUUCAGUGACUUCCUCGAUGGGCUCGGUCCUGCACAAUUAGUUGGACGCCAGACCUUAGCUACUCCGUCUAUGGGUGAUAUCCAGGUUGGAAUGAUGGACAAGAAAGGAAAAUUAGAAGUGGAGAUUAUAAGAGCUCGGGGUCUCGUCGUAAAACCAGGAUCAAAGACACUGCCAGCACCGUAUGUAAAGGUGUAUCUCUUGGAAAAUGGAGUCUGCAUAGCCAAAAAGAAAACAAAAGUAGCAAGAAAAACGCUGGAGCCUUUAUACCAGCAACUGUUAUCUUUUGAAGACUCACCGCAAGGGAAGGUCUUACAGAUAAUUGUUUGGGGUGACUAUGGACGUAUGGAUCACAAGUCAUUUAUGGGUGUAGCACAGAUACUAUUAGAUGAACUGGACCUAUCCAAUAUGGUGAUUGGAUGGUUUAAACUGUUUCCCCCUUCCUCUCUAGUAGACCCAACGUUAGCUCCUUUAACCCGAAGAGCAUCCCAGUCAUCUCUGGAAAGUUCCACAGGACCUUCUUAUGCUCGGUCAUAGCACCUGUGAUAAAACUGUUGUCUCUGCAACCAGCGUUUCAAAAAAAACAAACAUCAAAAAACAAAAUCACAAGAUAUCAAAAUCUGACAGGUCGCACACCCUGGUAAACACUGCAUGCUUAAUGUUGUGUCCUCGGAGCCUGUUUCUAGGGAUAAGGAGCGAUCCUGUGUUCUCAGCGGAUGUUGCACACAUUGUGCUCUAUAGAAGGUUCUCAGGUGGAGUGGAGCUAACCAACAGGUUUGGAGAUGGGUGCUCAGUUCUAGUCUAAUUUGAAGCCAUGGAUUACUGACACUAGAAAAAAAAAUGCUUCAUGCAACGAAAGUCAUCGUCAGUGGCAUAUCACAUUGUUGCAAAAUUUUCUUUUUGUAUUUGCCCCCCCCCCUCCCCCCAAGGACUGGGAACUCACCCAAGAAAAAGUUCUACGUAAGCAGCGAGACGAUCGAAGAUAAUGGCGUAAGACAGAACACCAGUGUUAUCCAGGAUGAUCAUUGUGGAAGUUCACAUGGGCCCGUAGUCUGAAGAACUUGGUUUAUAAUAAUCUUCCAAGGAAUCCAUUACAAGAUGAUUUCUUCAGGGAAGAAUUAUGUCCGUGGCUAUUCCAUAAUAAAAUAAAAAAAAACUAAACUUUUUGUUUAAAUUAUUUAUUUUAUUUUUUCAAAAAAUUUAUUUUGCAUGGACACGGAUCUAACGGAAAACUGAAAUUAUUUUCUUUGGGCUGCAACUUGCAAAAAACAAAAACAAAAAAAAAAAAAAAAGUGACCGAAAUAGAUACAGCCAUUUUCAACAAUUUCUAUUCUUUUUAAACAGAGCAAAUUUCACUAGUGCAUGGUUUUAAAGGGGAGAGAAUGCAACAGCGUGAAACAAAGACAAACCACGUUUCUCAUUCCUAAAAAACAAAAACGGCAGAAAAAAAAAACACCAACAGUCCUUGGUCUGUGUUUUGGCAGACGUAUGUUAAAAUGGUAAAAUAAAUAAUAAAAAAAUUCUUUCUAGCAAAUAUUUAAAAAAAAUUCUCUUUAUGUGAAGAAAUAAAUGUAACAUACGAUUUAUUUAAAUGUGAAAGGUACAAGCCUUGUAAAGUUUAACAUUAUGUGCAAAUUGUACAUGUCUCUCAUGUCUCCCACCGGUCCCUCAUUUUUGGCAUUGUGUCCUCCAGUCCCAUGUAUCUCCCAGACCUCUUUUCUGAUUCUGUUGUUUAGGGUUUGUUAAUGGCGCACACAUCGAUCCCCCCCUCGCCCUUCCCUGCCCAUUGUGUGCCAUCACUGCUCCUUUCGCCUUUGUUUCAGAAGAAGGUUUUGCAGUCUUUUUAACCCUUCGUUUACCCUACCCUUUGACUAAAAAAAAACUUAGUUUGACCUGACAAAAAUGGAAGCGUCCAAGCCUCCUGGCUUCCAGUGCAUAUCAACCUUUCUUUAUUUCAAGCAUGUUGAAAACUAUUUUUGCAACAUGGCUUGAGAAUACCUAAGGUAAUUCAGCAUGUAUUUGAUAUAGAAGAUAUUUGAACUUUUUUGCAAUAUCUUGUACAGUGCAUGGUAACAAUUUUUUUCACCAUCCAAUUGAGUCUUAAUGGGAAAACAAAAAAAUAUUGCAGUGACGUGGCCAUUUUCAAAAUAAUUUAAAAAAAAAGAAAACCUCUUUCUUUGUCAGCACCGAGCAUUGUUAUCUUGAGGGUUAAAACUGAAAUUCCUACCAUGGAACAUUAUAGUAUCCACUAUUUUUAAAGAACGGACGCCCUUUUUUGCACUUUGUCAGAGUUCUGUAUCAUACCAGGUGAAGUUUUUACUUGCGCUUUAAUUUUCAGUGCUGCGAAGGUCGAACUUUUCAAACUCUUUGUUACUAAGGACAAUUCAACUCGGUGUCUUGGCCGGAAGCAACUAAUCGUCCGGCCGAUGGCACUCCUAAUGUUUAAGUAAUUAACAGAGAGGUUGCUGUAGAAAUAUAUUAAUAUGAAUAUAUAGAACAUUUGUCCACCGGGGCUCUGGCUGCCAUAUUUGUGGACCCACAAUCUUGGGAACACAACUGUUGAGUUCUGUAGGACAUCCCUGUUCAUUCCCCCUCUUAAAGAUGGAUACCAAAAAUAUCUGUUUGGGUGUGUUGAGCGUAUUGCAACUUGAAAAUUGAAGUUAUAUAUUAUGUGUUUCACCGGCUCAGGCCGAUGAAAUACCAUACUGCCUUUUUUUCCCCCUAUUUUACCAAAUUCUUAGGUAGCCUGUGGCCCUCCAGCAGUUGUGUAACUAGAAGGCCCACAAUACCAACCAUAGGGUGUCCAGGCAUGUAGGAACGUACAGUACGGUUCCACAUCUGCUGGAGGGUCCUAGUUUCUUUACCUCUUCCCAUAAUGAACGAUAGAGUGACAUAAAAUGCACAUAGAAUAUUUUUGUUUUUUUGAAUGUGCAUAUACUGUAAAUUGUUUAUAUGCAGACCUACGGUAUACUUACAUGUAAGUUUGUGUUUACAUACACAAAUGUGAAUAGGCAUAUUUAUAUAUGUGUUUAUGCAUAAGAACGUGUGUAUAUGAAGAUACACAUCCGCAAGCACACACGUAGACAGCAAUGGCGAUGAUGAUUUGAAUGUGACAGCUUGUGGAAGAAUAUCAGGAAUAAAUGUUAUCCCGUCUCCUCCCCCACCGGUAUCAUUUGGCAAAAAAGAAAAAUCGAAAAAUAUGAGUAGGCCUCAUUUUCCAGAUCACUUAGUCAGUUCUUGUUGCGCAUAGCAACCAAUCGGGGUUUAGCAUUCAUUUCUUAAGCUGCUAUGGAAAAAUGUAAGUUGAGCUCUGAUUGGUUGCUAUGGGCAACAAGGCUGGUUCAAUAAUGGAGGCCAUAAUGUAACCUCCGGGGGCAACCCUAUAACUGCCUUUUAAAACUAUGUAGUCGUAGAUUGAUGAGGUAGAUAGCUUAUUAAAUGUGAUAUGAAUUAUGGAGUCAAUAACAUUAAUUUAGAUGGCUGUGAACCAGCGAAAUCUAUAUAUAUUAUAUAUAUAUAUAUAUAUAUAUAUAUAUAUAUAUAUAUAUAUAUAUAUACAGUACCAUCUACAGUAUCAUCAUGUCAUAAAUAA